AAACAUUAUCACCUAGGCUAGCCCAUCCAUUGGCUGCAGAUCGCCCUGUUUGCUGGUCUGUGUUCCUUGACACUUUGUGGAGAACAGACCAGGAAGUCUGCUGAACACGUUGCAGCACUUCUGUCGAAUAAUUUGGUGAUCGUACACCAAAUCAUGAACCCGUUCAGGGUACCGCAAAGAGGUUUUGAGUAACCGUCUGAGAUUAUCAUGAUGUCAACACACAUUGGCCGGAAGUGAAAGAGCGACAAGCUAUCGAUAGGCUCGGAAUUGACAAUUGACCAAUGCUUGUUUGGGAGGGGCAUGAUCCUUCGUCCCGUGCAUGGCGUCAUAAAUCGUCGCUAUCAGCGAAGAUCCUAAUUAUCAGUUAGAAGUGGUCGAAGAAACAAGAGUCAAAAGAAAUUAAGUUUGGUCUGUUAGCGGUGUGCUUCGCCCACGUGCGCAGCUCACGAGAAAUGAGGGGUUUCUUUUCUUUUUAGGCUACUAAACAACUAAACUCAGCAAUACCCCUCGCCAGAAUUUUUUUGCUUAAUUUUUUUUUCUCUCCGUUAGACUUAUUUCCAAGAAUUCUUCGCACUCAAUCUCAAUCACAUCACGACUGUCACAAUGAACGUCUUCCAAGAGCAACGAGGAAUGAUCUCUCUUUUCGCCUCCGAAGGCAAAAGAGAGGGAGCGAUUGUUGCCGUCAUCCUCGAGGAACUCAAACUCCCCUAUCGCCUUCAUCUGAUCGAAAAAGCAGAAGAUAUUGAUGCGAAAAGCCUCCCCGUGCUCAGGAACAUCCAAAGCGACGGCGAGUCCGUCGAUCUUUCCGGGUUCCACGAUGUUGUGUCGUACCUGAUUGCGCGCUAUGACACAGCGCACGAAGUGUCCUAUAAGAAGGGCUCUAAGGAGGAUGAGGAGGUCAAUAAAUUAGUCGCAUCUUUAACUGAGCCCAAUGCAGCCCAUCCGGAAGAGCACCGCUUCGACCUCGAUGCAAAGGAUGAUGGCAUCCCCUUCGCCAGAAAGGCUAUCAGCCUGUAUCUUCACCUUGAGCAGCAUCUGCAGAAGUCGCACAGUAACUACCUUGUGGGCAAGAAAUGCACCCUUGCCGAUCUCCUCCACUUUCCCUACGUGGCUGCCGCAGGCUCAGCUGGCCUCGACCUUGAGAGGUUCCCGGAGCUGACAAUAUGGUUCGAUCGGGUUUACCAGCGACCGGCAGUGCAGAAAGGCUUCGCUGCUGCUCAUAUGAAGAUCCGGGGGUAGAACUGCUCGCCUAUCGCCAACUGACCACACCAUUAGUUGUCAGUUGGCAGAGGCUGAAGUGAUGUGUAGUGGACCUUUCGCUCUUUUAUUUCUCUUCAUAAUUGUAACCACUAUUCACGUUUUCUGUAUAGAGUAGUGUACGCUAUAGAUAUAUACUAGGUUGCUAUAGAUCAAGGUCAGCGAUUUGUA